AUGGCUGAAGUAAGUUGUAUUUUAACUUCUAAAAUUUAAAUGGUUCAUGUUUUGACGUUAAGGAUGGCUUAUGACAUCGAUUUUCAGGAUCUGAUGCGCAAAUGGAAGGCGACGGCAGAGAAAGACUUGUUACACGAAGACUACAGUGACUUCCUUGGUGUUAAUAAAGGUUUACAGAAGUUUAUUGUAAGUUUUUUGUGGUUUUUCGGAUUUUAGAUGUUACUCAUUAUGAAGAGGUUCGUGGAUAAAAGAGCUAAACAAUGUUUUGCUAACUACAUUCUUUGUUAAAAGAUAAAGAAAAAGAAGCUUUUUCUUUUCCGCUCAUCCUGUUAGGCGCUCAUCCAGAAUAGCCCCCCCCUACCCAUACCAUUUCAGCCCCCCACCGAUGUCAACCAGAACAUACCCCCCAAAAUUCAUUUUCAAAAAGCAAAUUGAAAAUUUCUUUUUUUUUUCUCUUGCGAUUUUUCACAUAAAUUUCAAUUUUGAACUAAUGGUUCCAUUUUACUUCGCACCCCCACCCACUGUAGAUCGCAUCCCCACCCACUGUAGAUAGCACCCCCACCCACUGUAGAUCGCACCCCCACCAUUGUAGUUCACACCCCCAGAAAACGAAAUUUACAACCGGCACGUAAAAAGAAAAAAUUAUUCAUUUUUUACAUUGACCUUUACGAAAUCAAUGAAAAUGCGUAUAAAAGGCAGCAGAUUUUGCAAAUUCUUCAUUUUGCUCCUCCGUUCACCGCCCUGGCCAGUCAGUAGACCAGCACUCUCUCGCGCGACCCUCAACCUUCAACUCCGGACAUUGCCGAUAUGGUUCGGCCAAGUCGGGUUGACCUGGAGUUGGAGAUUGGGGGUUUCACUGGGGGUGCGAACUGGCGGUUGGGGGUGUGAAACGGAAUGGGGGGCUGUUCUGGAUGAGCCCCAAAGCUUCUUUAUGAUCUUAACUUAAUCGAACAACUUGUUUUAUAUAUUAAACUUUCAUUUUUUUAGGAAUCAAAUGAUGAUCUCACGGAAUCUUCAAUUCUGGCACAGGUAGCGCUUCUUAACGCGGCCUUACGCCAUCAGUUUCAAGGAACAUUUAUGUAUUUUGAUUCCGAACGUGCCAAACAGUGUUUAUCACGAUUUGAUUAUGUUCUGGGACAACUAGCGGCCUUAAAAAAGUCAGAAACUUCAGAUCAACUACAUUACUAUGCGAAAUCUAGUUUUUAUUACCGAUUGGGCGAUUAUCAUCUUGCUACGUUGAUUAAAACGGUAAGUAUUUAUUUUUAAAUCUUCUUUGAUGUUUAGAGCAGCUUUGUUAACAAAUAUUAGCUAUAUUCAUUGAGUAUUGGCUUCCCACGAAAUUAAAUUGUCUUUGAUGUCUAGAGCAACAUCACUUUUGUUGAAAUAACGAAAUUUUUCGACUGCAAAGUCAAACUGAUGAAUGUUUUUUAGAAUGUAGAAUCUGUAGAUCAAUCUCAUUUAUCUGUUGUUGUAUGUUGCUACUCAUUUGCGCUCUAUCACCUUCUGAAAGGUCGCGCAGUAACAGAUCUGAAGACGAGCAGUGAUCAGUUUAAUAUGUUGGAACUUUCUCUACUUAUAAGUGGAAAUUUGAAGUAUAUUGGUGGUGCUAAGGCUUUGAAGGACUUUAUGGCAUCUAAAGAUGUAAGUUAUGUUGAUUUGAAUGUUUCAUUUGGGCUGUCUUGAGGCCCUAUAUUGUUCCAUGCAUCUAUUGCCUGUGAAGGCUAUUUUUAUAUAUAACAAGAAGUCCGAAGACAUUAUGGACUUGUGUUAAUACAAUAAGUAUUUCAGCUACUACAAAGAAUGUUGAGGAAUGCUUUUUACGAGAAAUCACAAGCCUUUCCCAGCUCAAACGACAAGUCUUUCAUAAUGUCGGAUGUACCUGAGGUUGCCACGAAUUUUGUCUUGCCAAACGUUGAUUGUCUAAAAGUUUUGUCAGAAAUUUGGUCAUCAAGAAGGAAAACAAUAUUUCUUAAUCGAUUUUUAUGGAUCUACUUUAAUAUCAAGGAUUUGAAGAAAGGUACGGGGGUUUUAUAUUGUGCAUGAGGUCUGUUGGUGAAAAAGGUUUUGUUUUUGGAUUUUUUGAAGGAAUUGAUGUUUUAAGAUAACAAAAUGUGUAAUUAAGCUUGUUUUAGAUGGCUUUUUGGACGAUGUUACGAAGCUUGAAAGGUUACCGAAGAGCAUGAACUUGGGGUUGAGUAUCAAGGAGUUUACGGCGUUUGACUUGAAGGUAAGAGCUUAACUUUUUUAGAUUCUUUUUGGUAAAAAUAUUGUUUUAGCUCAUUUUUAUAGAUAAAAUACGAGUUUUAGGUCCUGCUGUUCCGAUUGUCCGAGCACUUUAACAGAACUUUGAACAAUGCUUUGCUGUUGGGCAAAUGUGUCAUGUUGCCAUCUCACUUUUACCCACUACUGCACAAACAUGUUAUAAGGCUGUGGAAGAUAUUAAACGAUGUUGUGGAUCAGAAAAGGUGAGUUGUAGCUUGUUUUUGGAGUUUUAAGCUUUAAAAAUGGAAAUUUGUGUUUAAAAUAGAUAUUUUUUGCUGUUAAAAAUGCUGUUUGGGUCAAGAAGUACGUAAAAUUUAAAGGAAUUGAUGUUGCUUAUGUUAUAGUAUCUUUAUAAACUAAUAUAUGUUGAUUUGAUUUAAAGUAAGACCUUGUUAUCCAUGUUUCAGUGUCGGAACAAGCGAAGAAAUCCAUUUCACAUCGGCACUAGAAGAGAUCCGAAUGGAUGUGGUCUACGAAUGUGACAAGAUUGGCCUGCUCAACACUGUCGGCUACCUAACCGAGAAGAUCAAAAUCUCAAAAGACAAGGAGAAGAAGCUCUACAUCACAUUGUUCGAUAGAUAUACUCAAAUCAUGACACAGGCCGUGAAAGGCCACAAGUAUUCGGACAAUGCCUCUUGCUUCUUCCCCCACAGUCAAGUCGAAUGUACCAAAGCCAGAAGACAGUUAUCUAGAACAACAACUGAAGAUCAAAAUGGCUCAAGUUUGGAUUGAAAAGGGAAAUAAGGAGAAGGCAGAGGGGUUGAUCAAGGAAUUGGCCGAAAACCCACAGAAUCUGGAUGUGGUGGCUCAGAUUGAGGAGAAGAUGAGAGAGGUGGGUGUAGUUUUUGAUGUUUUAAUGGACUUUUUGGCAUUUUAUUGGUAUAGAUCGUUGAAAACAUUAUUUUUAGGUAACAAUUUUUCAAAAACAAAGUGGUCGUUAGACUUUCAUCUAGGUUUGAUACUAAAAGCAUGAUUUUAGGUAACAAAAUUAAUAUUAUAAACAAUUUCAGAAGAAAUUAGUCUCCACUAGCCCUAACACAAGCCAGGCCAACUCGUCGAUAUUGAGUUUUGACACUUGUGAUGACUCGUUCAUGACCGCUUAUAGCAAUGGCAGCAGUGAAAAUGGCUCAAAUGACACUUUGGAACAGGUAAAUUUUUUAAAGAUUUUGGAUAACGAAGAUUGAGAAAUAUGGUAUUUUAGGUAACAUAAUGUCAAAAAAUUGGGGGUUUAGGUCACAAAAUAAAAAUGAGAUUUUUAGGUAACAAAUCGGCUAAAAAUUUGUAGUUUAGUUAAUAAAAUAGCUAAACAUUACAUUUUUAGGCAAAAAAUGGCUAAAAAUUGGUGUUUUAGGUAACAAAAUAACUAAAAAUAAAAAUUUUUGGUUAACAAAAUUGCUGAAAAUAAGACUUUUAGGUAACAAAACAGCUAAAAAUCAGGUAUUUAGGUAACAAAAUAACAAAAGAUUAAAAGUGAAAAAAUAAGUAAAAAUGAAAUUUUAAACAAAAAACCCCCCUUCAGAGCGGCUUCCAAAUUAUUGACCACCCCGACGACACCGCCAAAAAGAUUCAAGAAGCUCGAGCCAAGAAAUACGAAAAACUCACGGAAAUCAUGGAUGUAUACCUAAAAAUCGCUCAAACCGAACUGGACCAACUCAAGAAGUACGCCGAACAAAUUGGCGCCGUCUAA